AGGCUCUUAUUGUUCCCGGUGCUGCUGUCAGUUCCUUAUUUAAUUCCUCCUGAAUCCAAGAACGAACCGUCCUCUUUGCCUGAAGUUGAAUCUAAUGACCUAAUCCUCAACAUCAACGAAAUUUAUUUUGAAUUAAAAGCUUUCUUUUGCUUUUCAUCUCAACCAGAAACCUUCUGAAGUUCCUCUGCUUAUUUCUACAACCCUUCCGAUGGUGAUGGUUCAUCCCCUCAACAUGUAUAUAAACAUCAUUCAAUUUGAUCAUCAUUUAGUCUCUCUAACAGCUCUGAUCCUGGAUGUCCUGUUUGUUUUUUUCUAGAUUGAUUGACUUCAAAAACCAACUCUACUUCAUAACCCCUACUACUCCUUGUCCAUGAAAAGGUAUGAAACUUAAGAACCUAUUUGACCUUAGUCUGUGUCACUGGUUUACUUAAUGUAGUGGAUGUAAAACCUCAUCUAGAAUUUGAUUGUCAGCCCAGCUAACCUUCGGAAACUUAGAAAAGGAACUUAAAAAGAUGGCAGACCUUUCGUGGCAUCAGAACCGCAUCCGAGAUGGUGCGAGAGGAGGACAGGAGAGCUUCAAUUGGGACGCCGUAAGGCAGAUGGGUUACCGAGAUCGCGAAGCCUACCUCGGACACAGCAUCAAUGUUGGCGCAUUGGGGAAAAUGGGCAGAUACAUUAUGAAGGUGGUGGUGGAUGAUCAUGACUAGUAUUAUUCUAUUUAUAAUUAGCUCGGACUUGUUGGUCGUGAUAGGAGGUGCAGGUUUACGCCUUCGGAUGCUGGUUUUGUGGUCGUUGGAUCAUGACUAGUAUUCGUACUAUGUAUUCACAUGAACACAACAACUAUGACUCACGUUGAUGAAGUUGUUCCACUGACUUAUCGACUAUAAUAUAAUUGACUGUCUGUCUACACCGAGGACCACACAAAGUGUUCAUCUUUUCUCAUCAUACUCAUGCAUAAUUAAAGUUUUUGACUAAUGACACAUCUGCAACUGCAUCUCCAGACCAAACAGAAUCAGAAACAUUAACAUCAUCUGAUGACUAGCCGCCCUAAGAACCUCAAUUGAAUUAUCUACGUGUAAGUAGACACGACUUCUAAGGAUGAUAAAAGCGAUUGGUGGCAGUAUAGUAGAGAAGCGAGUGGAGCAGGAGCAGCUCAAGGUAACAAGAACAAAGCUGCGGGUGGUUCUAGCAGUUCUACUGCCGCGACUGCAAAGACCGCGGCUAAGUCCUCCAAGAAAAGAACAUCUACGUCAGCUUCUUCAAAAAGAGAAGUACUAGAUAAUGCAGAAGCUGAUCAGGCCUCGUCACCUGAGAAAGAUGAGACCAAAAUGAUGAAAGAGCUAGAGGAAGAACUUCUUGAGGAGGCGUUGGGUUUAAAGCCGAGAAAGCUUUUGUUGUUAAGGCGCAAAAUUUAUACAUUUUACUUCUACAUGCUUGCAGAAGGUCUUCAAAAUGUAGACAUCUCUACAUUUAGAUUUACUUACUUUUACAUACAGGAGUACGAGCAGUAGUUCCUUUUUCAACAUUGAUUCACAAACACACUCUCUACAACUCUUUGUCGUAAAUUCUAGUCUAGUAAUAAUUAUGUCACUGCUCGUUUUUUGAACCAGAUCCACGACAUUGAUCCGUCAAAAACAAAGACUCAGAUUCUUUCAUCAGUCAUGUUCUAUCCUGGGCACCUUCUAAUGUUAUCGAAACAAGCAUUGACGCUGGCAGAGAUUAAAGCAGCUUUGUCCAAGGACAACGAUCCGAAAACAGCGGACACAGGCGAAAGUACUGCUGGCCCUGGACCCGAGGACGUAUAUUACCAUGCUUUUUGAUCAGAAGUGGUGCAUCCUUUCCCCAUUGCAAUGGUAAUCGUCCUUUAGAAGUUACUAGUCAGGCAGAGAUUUAGGUUUUACUUCUACGACAUCGUAGCUCUACUAUGACCAUACGAAGACCUACAUGGUGAAAUUCAUCAAUGAAUACCUCCAAAAUAAAUUGCCAUUUCGUGAUAGCUAUGAAAAUUAAAUUGAAAGAACAACUCACCUCUCACCAGGACCAACUUCUAUAUCCUCUAUUGCCAUUGCGGUUUCAUUUAGAUAUUAUGAUUUCUUUCAGGCUCGCGGUCUUGGUUUUGCGCCUCAUCGAAGUGCUGCACUAGAAGCAAAGAAGGUAGCGCUUUUUGGGCUGGAUGCGGAGCUCGACGGCGCAGCAGACGAGAAAGUUAAGUGAUCUUUUUCUGAAGAGAUCCAUCCUUUAUUUCCAUAACUAUUUGUGCAUACGCAUACUACUAGAUACUUACUCUUACUACUUAGUCUCAACAACAAGAAUAGAAAGAUGAAAACAUACAUGUUGAUGAUGGGCAGUUCUUUUUAACAGGCUUCUAUUAAAUUAAUAAAUAUUAUCCUCUACUUGUUUUUGCUUCUAAAGAAGCGAAAAGUAGAUCUAGGUCACACACUUCUCCAUAAUGCAUGCUUCUAUUUCUAAGAAAAACGGAGAUGAAGCGGAUGGAGAGGUGACCGAGAAGGCAGCACUCUCAGUGGAAGAUCUUGCGGCAGCUGCGAAAGCGGAAGCUUUGAAGAAAUAUGGCGCGACAGUGGGUGCUUCGGUACCGAAUGGCGAACAACAGGCAUCCGCUGAUGAUCGGGAGGAAGACGUCCAAGUAGGUGAACAAGGUAGUACUGCAUCUGCAGUUGGAACAGGAACUGGAACAACAGGAGGACCACAUAAUGCUAAAAAGCAGGGCGCAACUUCUUCUUCUUCUGCGGGACUACAUCAGGGACUUUCAUUGUUAGCGAAUGUCGAGAUGCUAAAGCGGAAGCGCCCAGCGGAUUUGACGAAGGAAGAGCGCAAGUUCUUGAGGAAGGACGAAAAAAGACAGAAGAAAGUCGAGAAGAAAGAGAAGAAGAAGGUGAAGAAAGAGGCAAAGAAGGAAAAGCGAAGAGCAAGAAAGGAGGAGAAAAAGGAAGCGAAAAGGAUGAAGAGACUACUGACCGAAGCCAUUACAAAUGCGACAGGUGGAAACGCUAGCGCUUCUGCACCAGGACAAGGACUCUCCAGUACAGGAGACAAAGGAACUGGAACGAAUGCUAAAAAUAAGAAAAGGGGCAAGAAUCACGAUAGGUGUGACGAUGUUUCUGACAUCAGUAGUGACGAUGAAGAAAAGACGAAUCUACGGAGUAGGAAAAAACAAAAGAAAGACAAAGAUGCAGGAGUGAAGGGCAAGAAAUCAUCAAAGAAGAAAAGAGGGCACUCCUCCUCAUCAGACUCAUCGUCUUCUGACAGCGAGUCCUCCGAAGCCAGUUCCGGAUCUGACUAGGCGAGUUGGACAUAAACACCAUGAUAAUCCUGAAAUACUGAAAUGAGGACCCCUCCUCCUCCACCUUCUCGGACGACAAGAACGACAACUUCUAUAUCGACAUGAUAUUUUUAAUACUACUAUCCUUCGCCUUCCUUUUUCUUUUCCUAGUUAGCUUGGCUCCACCCGUGUCGUAAUAUUAUCGUGUUUGUUACUCCCACGACACCAGCCCCUUUCACAAACCGUUGUUUGGUAUGAAGACUCAGAAAAAUUCCGUGGCCGGACACGACGAUCACAUAGCAACACUUCAAAUCAAGGCAAAACAAGAACAUUCAAUUGUUCAAAAA